AUGGCUCGGACAAAAUGUAUAGCUCGCAAAAGCUGUGGGGGACUAGCUCCUCGAAGACAGUUGGCGACGAAAGCAGCUCGCAAGACUGUUUCGGGAACAGUUUCUCAAAUUGCUCGGGCGGCAGUGACCAUGCCUGAAUUGAAAGAAGAAGGACAGCUUGAAUUAGAUGAUGAUGUCAAAAAAGUCAAGUUGGAAAGCGAAAAAGGGGUCGAAUCAAAAAAAGAAGAUACGAAAGGGCCCACCGUUUCCGAAACUUCUUCCAGCGCUGUUGACGUUGAAGAUGACGAGCUGAUUGUAAUCGGCGAAGUUAUUACCAGCAGUUGUUGCAAGCAGACAGCCCGAAAAAUUGAAGAUGAUGAUUCCGAAACUCAUCCGGAAAAUGCUGAAGAAAAAGAAUCUGAACGCGAAGAUUCAGCUAUCCCGCCCUCCACAAGAGCCGCAGUGAAAAGCGCGCCAGCUAUCUCUUCUGAAACAGUCGAGGUAUCUCCUGAGGUUGUCGCUGCCAUGGCUCCUGAGAGUGUUAUCGAGGAUCGAAUGGCUACUAAUGAGGAUGUGCGCGAUUGGUUUCUGAAGUCUGCAACUCGAUAUUUUGAAAUUGAAAGGAAGUUGGUUUUAGAACUAACACCAGAUGAUAAAGACUUCGUAGCAAGGAGGGAGAUUGUGCUGGAUUAUAUAAAGGAGUUGUCCGUGAGAGCGGCGCGAAAUAGACGGCGAAUCAUUUGUUUUGCUCACCCUUUGACAUGGCGUAUCACUAACAGGAAAAUCGAAUACUUACCGUCAAUUCCACCACCUCCUCGAAGUAGUUUGAAGCCAGGUGUUCACAAUUUUACUGAGGGAGACAUUGUUGUCGUGGAUGAAAAUAGCCCGAAGGAGAACGAGAAAUAUGCUUCAACAAAUCGAAUGAAAAGUCUGAUUGGCAAUAGGGAGUACAAAAUUGAAGACGGUCAUUUCGUCGCUCGGUCAACUUUCAAAUACCCAGUUGUGAAGAUAAAACUUGAUUCGAUGGAUGAAACACUUUUGAAAUUUCUCUUGACGAAAGAUGAUUCUGCUGUGGUUUUAGAUGCGGCGAAAAAAGUUUUGAACGAACAGCAGAUCAAGGUUGCUCUGAAGAAAAGGGAGAAAUCUAUCUCAUCUUCCUGCAUUCCAACGACGAACACAGCGAAGGAAACAGUGGAGCAGUCGCAAAAAUCGCCUUCUUUGACUCCCGCAUCUCCAGGAGAAGAACAAAACUCUAAAAAUCCAGCACAUUUGGCUAAAAAGGAACCUCUAACUUCUCAAAAGAAAGUGUCUUCUUCCUUGACUUCACCGCUGGGGUCAAAAAUUGCUGGUAAAAACGAGGCUCAAUCUUCUCAAGAUCAAGAACCAGCGGUUACUCCCGCAAUUAAUUCAUCUUCCUCGAUGUCUCAAACAGGCUGGAUGUGUACUGCCGUGAACCAGGAUGGAAAACCAUGUGGCCGUGUUUUCCUCGACAAAGCCGACAUUACUGUACAUGUCGAUCUUGGCCACAAAGACAGCAAACCGGAAAAUAUAGCCAGGGUUAUUAUCAGAAAAGCUCGGGAACAGAAAGAAUCAUCAUCUUCUUUGCUUCCUGCCUUUCCAGAACAAGUACCAACAAAUUCUUCCUUUAUUCCAGCCACAGAGCGAAAACGAUUCUCGAUGGAAAAUCCAUCGGAAGAAAAUUGCCCAAAAAAGCCAAAAACCUCCACAUAA